ACCAAGUGAAAUGGUCGAGAUUAUUCUUUCCCGCUUCGCCAACAAAGCUGCUUAUACUGCCAACAAACCCAAUGUCCUCAGGGCGAAUUUAUGUCUUCUUUAACAUUCAAAAUCUAUAAACUCAAAAUCCUUGUUUUGACCCCGAUUACUUUCAUCCAAACUAAAGUCUACUUUGCAUUAUUUUUCAAGCCAUUUAGUAUUACAUGAAAUUCUUUUUUUGAAUGUCGUAUACAUUUAAUUAAAAAAUUUGGGUGAAGCGGCAGAUGACACCAUAUGAAACAUUCAAACAAUGUGUGUCCACCACAAACAAGGCAUAAUUGUUUAAUUCCAACGUUAUGUCAUUAUAUGCCGUCUAUUUAUGGCAAAAUUGCUCUGUAUGCAUGUGACAAACUCUUUAUAAAACCAAUUGAAUCAUACUUAUCUUUUGUAUAUGCAAAAAUUAAACCUUUCUUGGUUUGCCUAAAUAGUGAAAAUGGAGUGUCAUUUAGGAUCAAUAUUUUUCACAGCUUUUGCAAUUGGGAUUUUUUCCAUUUAUUGUUUGCUAAAGAGAGCAAAUGACUGGUUUUAUACUAAAAAAUUUAGUUCAAAUAAGUAUUGCAUACCUCCAGGUGAUAUGAGCUGGCCAUUCAUUGGGAAUAUGUUUACUUUUUUUACAACAUUCAGAUAUGGUGAUCCUGAGUCAUUUAUCUCUCACUUUACUUCUACGUAUGGACAGGGAGGAAUGUACAAGGCAUUUAUGUUUGGAACACCAAGCAUCAUUGUCACAAAACCGGACGUAUGCAAGAAAAUCCUGAUGGAUGAUGACAACUUUGAAUUGGGCUGGCCAAAAUCAGUGUUAAAUUUAAUUGGAAAAAAAGCCCUCCAUGGAAUUACAAGCCAGGAACACAAGCGUCUUCGCCGAAUAACAACAUCUCCUAUAAAAGGCAAAUAUGCAUUGUGUUUGUACCUUGGGCUUAUUGAGGGAGUUGUUAAGAGUUCAUUAGAAAAAUGGGCUGCCAUAGAAAAAGAAGAAGAACCAAUUGAGUUUCUUAGUAAAAUGAAGAAAGCUACAUUUGAAGUGAUCAUAAGAAUCAUGAUGGGUAGUGAGAUUGAUCCUCAAUGGUUAGACAAGGUGGAAAAGGUGUACACAAUUUAUUUUCAAGGUUUUUUGGCUUUACCAAUCAAUCUCCCUGGUUUUGCUUAUCACAAGGCAUUCAAGGCUAGGGAAAACCUGGUGAAGAUAUUUCAAUCAGUAAUAGAUGAAAGGAAAGUCAUGAACAUGAAGGAUGAAUCAAGAGCAAAGUGCAAUAUGGUGGAUUUGAUUAUGGCCGUUGAAGACGAAGAAGGAAAAAAAUUAAGCGACGAGGAGAUCAUCGACUUGUUAAUCGUGUACGCGUUUGCAGGUCAUGAAACAACUGCUCAUACUGCAGCAUGGGCAAUUAUGUACUUAGAACAACAUCCUGAAUUCUUACAAAAAGCAAAGGAGGAACAAGAGGAAAUUGUUAAGACAAGGCUGCCUAAUUCGGAUAGAAAUCUUAGCUACGACGAGAUUAGACAGAUGAAAUUUCUAACCAAGGUGAUCGAUGAAACGCUACGCUGCUCUAAUGUCACCUUAGCGAUUUAUAGAAACGCGAAAAGAACAAUCAACAUGAAUGGGUACACAAUACCAAAAGGAUGGAAGGUAUUGACUUGGAUAAGGCAAGUUCAUUUGGAUCCUAACAAUCAUGUGGACCCCAAAGAAUUUAAUCCUUCAAGAUGGGAUGAUGAUGAAACCAAGCCAUUUAGCACGUUUCUUCCCUUUGGAGCAGGACCUCGGUUGUGCCCGGGAGCAGAGUUGGCUAGGCUUGAAGUUUCAGUGUUUCUUCACUACUUUCUUCUCAACUAUAGGCUCGAGCGGGUUAAUCCAGAAACAAGUGUGACAUAUCUACCAAUUCCUAGUCCUACUGAUAAUUGUCUUGCAACACUCAAAAAGAUCUCAACAUCAUGUCAAUAAAAAUUGCCUCUUUUCUUGAUUUCAUGUUGAGCCUUAACCACAUUCUUGUUCAUUGGGGUACCAUGUUCUCAUUGUAUUCUCAAGGGGAUUUUAAAACCUGUUUGUAUGCGAAUCAGGCCAAAGCUAUGUUGCUCGGAUUCUUCAAAAAUGCCAAAAGUAGUGUAUUUUUGGAGGAUUCGAGACGAGUGCACAACAUUUUGGAAAUUCCAAGCAACAUAGGGCCAAAGCAGUGAGGAAGAUUUUGCUAGCAAGAUUAUGAUUAUUUUGUAAGGUCAAAAACAUUUCUGCGUGGACCAACUUCAAUAUGACGAAAAUUACUACAAACUAUUGGAUGAUAAAAAUCAUAAGUAAAAAAAUUCAAUCACAACUCUGCUGAGGCGAAGACAAUACCAGAAAAGUGGAUCUUAUUAUAUAUGUUUGUAGAAUUUUUAAAAAGUGACAGGAAGUUUGAUCACAAUAUCUCAGGCCUUAACCAGGCAAAAGUUAGUCUAAAAGGUGAAUUCAAAGAUCACCUUCAAGUUUUAAUGACUUUCCUCUUCUUCACAGAAUUUUGUGUACUCUUUCGCCCCCA